GCGCGGCAGCCACCUCGGAGUCACCGCCCGCCCCGGCCCGGCCGGUUCCCGGAGCCGUCGGACAUGGAGCCGUGGAAGCAGUGCGCUCAGUGGCUCAUCCACUGCAAAGUGCUGCCCGCCAACCACCGGGUGACCUGGGACUCGGCGCAGGUGUUCGACCUGGCGCAGACCCUCCGCGAUGGAGUCCUGCUCUGCCAGCUGCUCAACAACCUGCGGCCACACUCCAUCAAUCUGAAGGAGAUCAACCUGAGACCCCAGAUGUCCCAGUUUCUCUGUCUGAAGAAUAUCCGGACAUUUCUGGCCGCCUGCUGUGACACGUUCGGAAUGAAGAAAAGUGAGCUUUUUGAGGCAUUUGACCUAUUUGAUGUUCGUGACUUUGGAAAGGUUAUAGAAACGCUAUCUCGGCUAUCCCGAACACCAAUAGCAUUGGCCACAGGAAUCAGGCCGUUCCCCACGGAAGAAAGUGUAAAUGAUGAAGACAUCUACAAAGGCCUUCCUGACCUGAUAGAUGAAACCCGUGUGGAGGACGAAGAAGACCUCUAUGACUGUGUGUACGGGGAGGAUGAAGGCGGAGAAGUCUACGAAGACUUGAUGAAGGCGGAGGAGGCUCACCAAGCUAAAUCACAAGAAAAUGAUAUACGGAGUUGUUGCCUAGCAGAAAUUAGGCAGACAGAAGAAAAAUAUACAGAAACUUUGGAGUCAAUAGAAAAAUAUUUCAUGGCACCAUUGAAAAGAUUUCUGACAGCGGCAGAAUUUGAUUCAGUAUUUAUCAACAUUCCUGACCUUGUAAAAGUUCAUCGGAGCUUAAUGCAAGAGAUUCACGAUUCCAUUGUAAAUAAAGAUGACCAUAACUUGUAUCAAGUUUUUAUUAACUACAAGGAAAGAUUGGUUAUUUAUGGACAGUACUGCAGUGGAGUGGAGUCAGCCAUCUCUAGCCUAGACUACAUCUCUAAGACAAAAGAAGAUGUCAGACUGAAACUAGAGGAAUGUUCAAAGAGAGCCAAUAAUGGGAAAUUUACUCUGCGUGAUUUGCUGGUAGUUCCCAUGCAGCGGGUGCUGAAAUAUCACCUCCUCCUUCAGGAGCUGGUUAAACACACCCAUGACCCCAUGGAGAAGUCGAACCUGAAGCUGGCUCUGGAUGCAAUGAAGGACUUGGCACAAUAUGUGAAUGAAGUAAAAAGAGAUAAUGAGACCCUUCGUGAAAUUAAGCAGUUUCAGCUAUCUAUAGAAAAUUUGAACCAGCCCGUUUUGCUCUUUGGGCGACCGCAGGGAGACGGCGAAAUCCGAAUAACCACACUGGACAAGCAUACGAAACAAGAAAGGCACAUCUUCUUAUUCGAUCUGGCAGUGAUUGUCUGUAAAAGGAAAGGGGAUAACUACGAGAUGAAGGAAAUAAUAGAUCUCCAGCAGUACAAGAUCGCCAACAACCCUACCACGGAUAAAGAGAAUAAAAAGUGGUCUUAUGGCUUCUACCUCAUCCAUACCCAAGGACAAAAUGGGCUGGAAUUUUAUUGCAAAACAAAAGAUUUAAAGAAAAAAUGGCUGGAACAGUUUGAAAUGGCUUUAUCCAACAUAAGGCCGGACUAUGCAGACUCCAAUUUCCAUGAUUUCAAGAUGCACACAUUCACUCGGGUGACAUCCUGUAGGGUCUGCCAGAUGCUCCUGAGGGGGACAUUUUAUCAAGGCUACUUAUGUUUUAAGUGUGGAGCAAAAGCGCAUAAAGAAUGUUUGGGAAGAGUAGACAAUUGUGGCAGAGUUAAUUCCGUUGAACAAGGGCCAUUCAAACCACCGGAGAAGCGGACCAAUGGACUUCGGCGAGCUUCCAGACAGGUGGAUCCAGGUUUGCCGAAGAUGCAGGUCAUUAGGAACUACACUGGCACCCCGCCCCCAGCUCUUCACGAAGGACCACCGUUGCAUAUCCAGGCAGGGGACACUGUUGAACUUCUGAGAGGAGAUGCACACAGUGUAUUCUGGCAGGGACGAAACUUAGCUUCAGGAGAGGUUGGAUUUUUCCCAAGCGAUGCUGUCAAGCCAUCUCCAUGUGUACCUAAACCAGUAGAUUAUUCUUGCCAACCCUGGUAUGCUGGCCCAAUGGAAAGACUGCAGGCAGAAACUGAACUUAUUAACAGGGUGAAUAGUACUUACCUUGUAAGGCUCAGGACCAAAGAGUCUGGAGAAUAUGCAAUUAGCAUUAAGUACAAUAAUGAAGCAAAACACAUCAAGAUUUUAACAAGAGAUGGCUUUUUUCACAUUGCAGAAAAUAGAAAAUUUAAAAGCUUAAUGGAACUUGUGGAGUACUACAAGCACCAUUCUCUCAAAGAAGGGUUCAGGACCUUAGAUACAACGCUACAGUUCCCAUACAAGGAGCCUGAACACUCAUCUGGACAGAGGGGUAAUAGAACAGGCAACAGCUUGCUAAGUCCCAAAGUACUGGGCAUUGCCAUCGCUCGGUAUGACUUCUGUGCAAGAGAUAUGCGGGAGCUCUCCCUACUGAAAGGAGACAUGGUGAAGAUUUACACAAAGAUGAGUGCAAAUGGCUGGUGGAGAGGAGAAGUAAAUGGCAGGGUGGGCUGGUUUCCAUCCACGUAUGUGGAAGAAGACGAGUAAAGUCCAAUCCAGAGUUGAUCCUGCACCAAAAUCUCAGACAACACAGACAGAAACCUGCACGGCCUCUGAGUUAACUCAAGUGUUUAAAAAGCAGCGUUCUUGGCUGCUCAACACCCUCUUUUCUCUCUUCCUAAGUCUUAACGCUGGGAUUUCUAAAGAUGCUGGUACUGACAGAUUAAUAGCUUGCCUAGAGCAGUGCAAGAAACAGCCUGCCUGUCUGUCAUUGUCAGGAACCAGGGCAAAGCCAACCGCUUUCCUUCCCCCAAAGAGUCCUGCAAACACAUCGGAUCAGGUUUCUCUUACUUCGUUGGGCCAGACACCAUGGAUACAGCCGUUAGGAAACGCUUCCUGCAUAUUUACUUUGUUCUCACAGUUUUUGAUGAUACAAAGAAAUACAAGUUUAAUUUUGCUUUUUCCCAGCAUGAAGGAAAAGUAGAGUCUGCCAUCUGGGAAAGAUCCAGCUUGCUGAAAAGAUCCAGCAUUUCUCGUCUUAAAUUGUUCAACAGGUGACUCACCGCCUGGCAAACACUUUUAUCCCCAGAUGUUACUCAUGAUAAAAUAAAAGAGGCUCAUGCUCAGGUUUGCAUCAUAAGUGAUAAAUUACAGAGAGGGUUUUAAUUAUUCAUUUGAUGUCCUGAUUAUAUUUCCACACGUCUUUAUAAAGAAGAAGAAGAAAAGCACUUGAAAGGCAGUGUCUUUGUAUGAAAGCCUCGCGGCUUUCGUGGUUUCAGAGGGUGUUUUGGAAAUGUCAUGCCUGACAAGGAAUCCUGGCCGGGCAGAUCAUGCUUGGUUGCCAGGAAUCCCAGAGGUAGAGGUGUUUACAGAGACAGAUCAAGUGCUGUAAUCAAUCCAUAGGAUAUCACUGUAUAGCUGCAAUAGCUAUGAACACAAGCCUUCCUUCUCUCUAGAGACCCGAGGCAUAGUUGCUGAUUUCCACUGUUUUUUAUUUUUUUUUAAUGGUAGCACAAAAGAGCUUUAUUGAGGAUUUGGGGAGAAAGGCACACUGAGUCCUUCAUUUCUUUCUGAGACAGAAGGAACCUGAUUUCUGUGUUCUCAUGGCCCCUCUGUUUUCCCUUCUGAAGCCUUUCUUGCUAUGUCUUAAUCAGUAGGAAGAUCCACUUUGCAGCAUGUUUCUUUCUCCAAGCUUUCACUGUGUUCCACGAGGAGUCUAGGUAUCUUCCUCCUGAGAUGCAUGGAGUCCCUAGUUGAGGCUGACAAGUUAAGAUACUAACUUGGCCCUUCCAUGGUAUUUCUUUGGUAGCAGUAGCUAUGUUCUGACAAGAUUCAGAAAAUGUUUCUGCUUGGAGAAAAGAUAGAGGUAUUUUUAUCUUAGAAGUGAUCUCUAAGCUUCUCUGAUACCAGAUUUUUGGGGUCACCUCUAACAUGAAAGGGCUGAGGCAACCUGUCCCCUCCUAUCUCACAGGAGUGCCAGAACCUGUUUCGUGGACACAUCUCCCUGGAGGAGACCCCAUCGGGGCUAGGACUUUUCAUUUAAAUAGACUCAAGACCUUUACCUCAGAAUUAUGUAAACUGUGAUUGUGUUUUAGAACAAUUGAGCUUUUGUAUAUGUGUAAAUGGUCAUGAAAAUGUAUUUUAUAAAAUGUCUGUACAGUCAAAUUGUGCUGACAAGGUCUACUCUUGGAAUGGAUUCCUACCUUUCAGGUCUUAUCUGUGUCUUGGGGAUGUUUUGUAUGUUAGUGUCAGCAAGUGUUGCUAUGGAGAGUACAGCUUCCCACAGAUUGAAACACUCCUGUGUACAGUAUUGUAGCACGUAUUGUUUAUUUCAGUCAAUAGACUCCCUGCCUCACAAGUGGUAUGUGGGCUUCCUGUUGCAUUUCAUUGGCCUCAGAGUUUCAUAGCAGAGGACACAAGAGCCUCUUUUCAUGAUAUUACCAGUGAUGACUUUGUCUACAUUUAAUACUUUGUAUUGGGGAUUUUAAAUGCCAUGACCUGUGUAGAUUUCUAAUACCAAAGACAGACAUAAAUGUUUUCCAUAGACGUUGUCUUGCCUGUCUGUAGCCCCUGUGUAAUAUGGUGAGUUAGAAUGGCAUUUUACUUUGUAAUAUUUUGUAAAUAUGUCAAUAAAAUAGUUACUACUUGCA